AUGGAAGGAAAUACACCGGAACUACAGCAACAUGAAUCAAAUGACAAAAGACCACAAUUCGGAAAUAGACUUCUCUCUAAUGGUGACAAUGUAUUUCAACAUAAUGCAUGGGACAAUGUUACAUGGGAUGAGGAACAACAAAAGUUAGCUCAACAAAAAGUAAAUGAAAAUUCAAAUGUAAUUUUAUCAAAUGAGAAAAUUCAAGAAUAUGAACAUCAGGCUGACAAAUAUUGGGACAAAUUUUAUGGAAUACAUGAAAAUAAAUUUUUCAAAGAUAGACAUUGGUUGUUUACAGAAUUUCCAGAAUUAGCUUCUUCUGCUGUCAAACAAAACAUUACACAGCCUUUGAGAUUUGUAACUGAAAACACAAAUGAUGAUAAGAAAGAAACUCAUAUAAAAAUUCUUGAUUUACCUAGUAAUAAUGGAAGUAAAAUUUUAGAAAUUGGUUGUGGAGUAGGAAACACAGUGUUUCCAAUACUUUUAUAUAAUACGGACCCAAAUUUAUUUGUAUAUUGCUGUGACUUUUCUGCAAAAGCAAUAGACAUAUUGAAGCAGAAUCCUGCUUAUGACAUAUCCAGGUGUAAAGCAUUUGUUCUUGAUGUAACACAAGAAUCAUGGGAAACACCUUUUGAACUUGAAAGUUUGGAUAUUAUUGUGCUGAUAUUUGUUCUAUCAGCUAUACACCCUGAGAAAAUGAAGCAUGUUAUACAACAGGUGCACAAAUAUUUAAAACCAGGUGGAAUAGUUUUAUUUCGGGACUAUGGACGAUAUGAUUUAGCACAACUAAGAUUCAAAAAAGGUAGUUGUCUUGCAGAAAAUUUUUAUGCUCGAGGAGAUGGAACUAGAGUUUAUUUUUUUACUCAAGAUGAAGUUAGGGAAUUAUUUACAGAUUGUGGCUUUAUGGAAGAACAAAACCUUGUAGAUAGGAGGUUACAAGUUAACAGAGGAAAGCAACUUAAAAUGUACAGAGUAUGGAUUCAAAGCAAAUAUAGAAAGUAA